CGCAGGGUGGGAGGAGGAAGGCGGAUCUGUAAAGUCCACUCUACAGGACUUCCUCGGUACAGCCACGCAGAGCCUGCAGCGCAAUCAUGGAGGACCCCGCCCCACGUCGUAGUCGCUCUGUGUUUGCGGUGCUGGUGGGAGCGUCGCAGGUGCUGGGUUUGGCGUCGGUGGUGCUGACCGGCGUGUGGAUGGGCCACUUCCGUGGGGGUUUCGCCUGGAAUGGCUCAGAGCAGGAGUUCAAUGUGCACCCUCUGUGCAUGGUGCUGGGCCUGGUCUUCCUGCACGGAGACGCCAUCCUGGUCUACAGAGUGUUUCACAAUGAGCCAAAGAAGAAUGUAAAGCUACUUCACGGCAUUAUUCACCUGCUUGCCCUCAUCAUGAGCAUUGUAGGUUUUGUAGCUGUGUUUGACUUCCACAGGGCAUCUAAAAUUCCCGACAUGUACUCUCUACACAGCUGGUGUGGCAUGAUUACCCUGAUCUUAUUCUGCUUACAGUGGGUGAUGGGUUUAUUGUUCUUCCUGUUUCCUGUUGCGUCAGCGUGGUUACGAGCCUCGUACCUGCCCGUCCACGUGUUCUGUGGCCUGGCUCUGCUGGUUAUGGCCAUAGGGACCAGCCUGCUCGGUAUCACGGAGAAACUCCUCUUCAGCAUCAUGCCGACCUACUCUAAGUUCGCCCCAGAGGGUGUGCUGGCCAACGUCUCGGGGAUCCUGAUGGUGUGCUUUGGGUUGCUGCUGGGAUACCUGAUCACGAAGGAGGAGUACAGACGUCCACCAAAUCCAGAGGAAGAGGCUCUGUCCGUCCAUUUCAAGACACUGACUGAUGGGGGGUCACCAACCACACCUUGAUCUCAUUCCGAAGCUCGAUGCCUCCCCGUCACCUGCCAACAGACUACCUGUGCUACCACUCCCUGUUAUUACCUGCAUACACAGUCAUUCAUGUGAAGGUGGUCAGAAAACUGAGUUUUCCUAAGUUAAGCUUUGGUUCAGUGACGUAAGAGCAGGAAGUUGUAAUCAUUUUGUUGCUCGUGGUAACAUACCGCCCAGCUCUGUCAGCUUUCUCUUAAAAAUCAUUCAUUUAUACAUACUGAUUCACUGCAUAGACCCAGAACUGUUUUACUGCACCGUGUGGUAUAGAGCGACACACAUUUGUGUAGUUGGCGUUGGGUCCAGUUUGUUUCAUCGUUUACUGUUGUGCAGUCCUCAUGCCUACAUUGUGAUUCUCGUCUUGCUUCAUUGUGUCUUGCUUUCCUUCACUUGUGUUUUAUCUUAUACUGUGUCCAAAUAGCGUGAGCAGCAUGUUAGCAGUGCAGCAGCAGGACUGUAAAAUGUAAAAUGCAGGAACAUUGUUGUGAGUGUUUUUAUAGGGGACCCAAGUAAGUGCAGUGUUCUCCUCUCCCAUUGUUUCCUGCUGCCUGUGCUACUCUGUGGGCAGGUUAUCUUUGUGAGGACAGCUGCUGACAUUAAUGCACUCCGAGUCUUUCACCCCGAAUUUUAACCACGGGAACCAAGUGCCAAACCGAACAUUUAACCCUCAGACAGGCCUUUGAACUGCAAAUCCAGUUCUCAGGAAGAUGGCAUGGCAUGUUUUUAUUAUUAUUAUCAUUAUUAUUAUUGUUUCUGGUUUUGGUUUCCUGUGAGAAACAACUUUAGUCAUUCGCUGAUGUUUGGACGAGCGGUUCUGCUAAUAUUCGGAGCGCUGCAGCCCAGAAUCUGCCCGUUCGGAUCUUAAAGUUAUUUCUUCUCUCUCACAUCGUGUGUUGUCUUCGUCUAACGAUCACCAUUGUUUCCCCUCCCCGGUCACGGCAGAUGGUUGCCCUUUCCUGAGCUUCGUUCUGUCAGUUCUCUGAGGUCUAAGCCGAUAUUGGUGAUGACCCUAACGCUAACUCCGGGCAAUCAGAAUGUGUCAUUUUUGGUUUUGGUUCUCCAAAGUGAACAAAGACGAUAAUGAUUCUAACACUGCACAUCAAAAGAUAUUUGCUUUGCCUUUCUCUAUAGUCCCAGGGUGAGAGGAGGAGGGUUAGGGGUAUCACCUGUGAUUAUUUGGACCUCAGGGUUAAGAGAGUUUUCCUUCCCACAGUCACCUAAUGCUGUUCAUAAAGGAUCAUCGGAUUGUUGGGGUUUUCACUAAUAUUUGUAGGGUUUAUACCUUUAACCCCCAUAAUGUCCUGGGAUCAUUUUUGACCCCAAAUGAAAUCUGUUGCCAUCAAAAUAUGUUUUCUAUUUAUCACUUGAUCUGAAAAUCAGAGGGGCUGUUUGAUACUAUGCUGUUUAUGAUUGGAAUAAAUUUGAAGUAAUUUGAUAGAAUUUUUAUUGAAUUUAACAACAUUGUUGUCCUAUGGGGUCAAAAAGACAGUCAAACCAUGUGGGGUCAUUUUGACCCCAGAGUACAAAAGGUGUGUGGCAACUGGGAGGACUUUAUGAAAAGGCACUGCAUCAGUGAAACUGAGCUGAAUGGAAAAGAACAGAUUACAUACAGAUACAAAUUUCUGCUUUGACUCUAAGAAAGGAGCCAAACUAACUCUGAACAGCGGGGCACUGAAACCUGCAAACUGACCCAUUCUCACUGUAAGAAGGGUGCAGCAUGGUGGUCUGUAGGUGUUCUGCAGAGUCGUGCAUACCUAUGUCUGCAUGUUGCUGCUGUGUACUACUGGCAGUGUGUAAAUAUGUGGAACAACCGGUGAUGAAAACUGUCCACUGUCUGCUUCUCACACUGCGUUUCUGUUCUUUGGUGCUAUUUUUCCUGCUUCUUCCUCUUCAUGAUGAAUGUUUGUUGAGUUCCCACGAUGUUUCUCUGUGUAGCUCAAGACCUACAUGUGUCACUUUACAGAUGGGGUAAAAUGUUGUGGGAUAAAGUUUCCUCUGAUGUUGCUCCAUCUUUGUGGCCUGCAGCACUGUUCAUAGCACUACUUUAAACUCCUGUUUUCUGACACCCCACAGAAUCUCUGUAAGUGUUCAUGUUUAAAUGUCAGUUACUUAAAUAUCCUGUUGUGUGUAUUCAGAUGUGUUGAUGCACUUCUCCCUAAAUGUAUUUUUUGUUUGCUCGUCUUCAGGACUUCAGCACUUGUGCCUCUCAGAGAGCUUUGGUGGAUGUCGCUCAUUUUUCUGUUCAUCCUGUCAGUGUUCACUGGAAGUCCCAAUCUUACCGGGACAGCCUGAAAUAAAAAGUGUGUUA